AUGGAGAAUUCUAAUCAAAUUAUUGAAAAACUCUUUCAAUUUUAGCUCGGUUUUUCCUAAAUUAUUUAAAAAUUACAAGAAGAAGCCAAAAAAUAUAAGGAUUUAUAUGAAAAAGCAAAUGAAGAAAUAAUGGAUCAUUAUUAGAAAUAUUAAAAGGAGUAAUUUUUUAGUUAAAAUCUUAGAAAGAGUAUUCAAUCUUCUUUAGAUGAAAAUUUUAAUGAAUUGUAAGAAUAAUAUCAAGUAUUUAAAAAGAAUGUUUUGAAAUAUUAAUUUUAGAAGUUAGAAUUUGAUAAAUUUUACUAAGAUUUUCAAUUGGAAAAGUUUGUUGAAAAAUAGCAUAGAAGAUACUAUAAUGUUAGUUUGUAAGAAAUAAGCCCUUUAAAUUUUGAUUUGAUAACUUCGAUUGCAAUCAUGUAAUAAUAAUUGGUUUAAAACUAAAAUUAAUAAUUUAAGAAAAAUGAAAGAUUCAGUUAUUUUAUUCAAUAGAAAACUUAAAUGUUAUAGGAAUUAAAUCAAAUUCGAGGACAAAAAGAAAAAGAAAUUUUAGAAAAAAUUGAAGAAAAUAAAAAAUAACAAGAGGACAUUAAAAGAGAAUUAGAAGUGCAUUAAAAUAAAAUCGACAAUGCUACUGAAGAUGGAAAUUAAAAUAAUAAUUAUUAAGAAGAUGAUAAUUUAUCUGAAGCUGAAGAAUUAACACAAUAAUGUUAAGAAUGCGGAUAAUAAAUUUAUUUUAAUCAUUUCUUAACAAAAUGCCUGCAUUAUUACCAUGAAGAAUGCAUAAUACAAAAAAUUAAGGCACAUUGUAAUUAAACUAAUAUUUAUUGCACUUGUAACAGUUUGAUUAACUCUAGAAUGAUCAAAGACGCAUUAAAACAUCAACAAUAAGAUCAAAAAUAGUUUACAUAUGAAAACUUUUUAUAGAAUCAAGUAGACUAAUUAAUUAAGUAAUGUAAGAAUAAUUAUACUAAAUGUUAAUGUGGUUUCUUCUAUAUAUCUGAAAAAGAAGAAGAAAUAAAAAGUUGCAUCUAUUGUUAAUGA